GCAGCAGCAGGAGGACAGUGACCCGGACCUGCCGAGAGAACGCCAUGCCCAGGCCGAGGAAGCCGGCCAAGGGCAGAGGGGGGACUGGGAGACAGACCUCAGGCAGGUGUGGGGGAGGCCGAGGGGACGCGAGCAGAACCUCACACCCAGAGCAUCCUUGAGGAGACCUCUGAGUGAGAGAGGGCUCCCCAGAGCGACAUGGACACCGGAGUCCACCAGGACGGACCGGAAGGGCAGCGGAGGAGACAGCCCCACACCACGGUGCAGAGGCUCCUGAGCUGGGCACUGCCCACCUGCUGUAGCCGAUUCCUGUGGCGCCAGCCCGGCGAGUUUCCGGUCACCGCUGUCCUGCUGGGGGCAGGCACUGGGGGGCUCCUGGCCAUAGGUCUCUUUCAGCUCCUGGUGAGCCCUAUGAACAUCUAUGAAGAACAGAAGAUGAUGAUACUGUACGGCCUGGCGGGCUCCGGGGCCGUGGGCUGGGGGACCUCCCCUCAUAUCCGUUGUGCCAGCCUCCUGCUAAUACCCAAAAUGCUGGGCAAAGAGGGCAGGCUCUUUGCGUUGGGCUACGCCUUGGCGGCCAUCUAUGAGGGACCGGUGGCCAACCUGCGAUACAACCUCAACGAGGUGGUAGCCUCGCUGGGCUGCACCGUGGAGCUGCAGAUCAACAACACCCGCGCGGCCUGGCGCGUGUCCACUGCCCCGCUGCGUGCGGUGUUCAAGGACCUGCUGGGCAGCAAAAAGUCACUGAGAGCUGAGACUCAAAACAUCUCCAACUCCUUCGGGGACCUGGACGCGCAGGUGAACAGUGAGACUGGCUACACACCCGAGGAUGCCACGGACUUGGAAGAGACAGUCCCAGGGGGGAGGCCCCGCCGAGCCAUGGCCUUCGGACCCCACCUCUCCACACAGAAGAUGUACGAGCUGAAGACCAAGCUUCGUUGCUCCUAUGUGGUGAACAAGGCCAUACUCAGCUGCCGCCGCUGGUUUGACAAAAAGCACGAACAGUGCAUGCAACGCAUCCGGGUCCCGCUCCUCAACCACCUGCUCUGCCUGCCCAUGAAGUUCAAGUUCUUCUGUGGCAUUGCCAAGGCCAUGGAAAUUUGGUGCCGCAGUCGCAUCCCAGUGGAAGGCAACUUCGGGCAGACGUACGACUCUGUCAACCAGUCCAUUCAUGGGCUGGGCGGGGACUUUUCAGCCACGAUUAACCUCAAGGAGGAGAAGCAGGCGGGGCUGCUGGGCCUCAACACCAGCUGGGAGCACGUGAGCACCGAGGUGCGGGACUACGUGAGGCGCCAGGAGGCCCAGCUGGAGUGGGCCCUGGGGCUGCUGCACCUGCUGCUCUCCUGCACCUUCCUGAUCGUCCUCCACGCGUCCUUCUCCUACUUGGACAGCUAUAACGGGGACAUUCGCUUUGACAACAUCUACAUCAGCACCUACUUCUGCCAGAUCGACGAACGCAGGAAGAAGCUGGGCAAACCGACUCUGCUGCCGCUCCGCAAAGCUGAGAAGAAGACGGUCAUCUUCCCCUACGACCCCACCAUCCAGGCCUCAGAAAUGAGAAAUGUGGUCCGGGAGCUGCUGGAGACACUGCCGGUUCUGCUGCUGCUCCUGGUGCUGUGUGGGCUGGACUGGGCUCUCUACUCCAUCUUCGACACCAUCCGCCGCCACUCCUUCCUGCAGUACUCCUUCCGCAGCAGUCAUAAACUGGAGGUGAAAGUUGGGGGGGACUCCCUGAUUGCCCGGCUUCUUCGGAAAACCAUCGGGGCCCUGAACACCUCCUCGGAGACGGUGGUGGAAUCAAACAACAUGCCCUGUCUGCCUCAGCCUGUGCGCCUGAGCGCAGGAGCCUAUGCGAGGACUGGACUCCCCACCGGCCUGCUAGUGUGUCUCUGUCUGCUCCAGGCUUUCGGCUACCGGCUCCGGAGGGUCAUCGCAGCCUUCUACUUCCCCAAGCGAGAGAAGAAGCGGAUCCUGUUCUUCUACAAUGAGCUCCUGAGGAAAAGAGCGGCCUUCACCAAACUGAGGAGGGCGGCCAUCGUGAGGCAGGCGCGAGAGCAGAGAGCCCGACGCCACGACCUGGCGGACAUCCUGCACCGCCGCUGCCCCUUCCUGCGCCCCUGGCUGCGCCGGCGCUGUGUGGUGUGCCAGGCACCGGAGACGCCCGAGUCCUACGUGUGCCCGACUCCGGACUGCAAGGCUGUGUACUGCCGGUCGUGCUGGGACGACAUGCGGCAGCGCUGCCCGGGCUGCACACCCCGGGAGGAGCUCUCCUCCUCCGCCUACAGCGACAGCAACGAUGACGCUACCUAUGCGGAGUGAAGGGGCGUCCUGCGCGCUCCCACGUCGCCCCUUCCUAAUUAAUAAAAUGCCGUGCACACUCCCGC